CUAGCCUCUCGAUCGAGGUCCAAACAAUGGCCAUGCCGAGAGCAUCCACCACCUUCCACCUCAUCUUGGCCGCUGUGGUCGCCCUAUCCUUCUCCACCGGCGACGCUUGCGACAACAUCCCGUCCAUGAGCAUCGACGAGGCGUGCGACAAGGCGUGCAUCAACGUCUCAUCACCCCAAGUGCAGCUCUGCCAGAGCAUGCUCCGGGCCAUGGGGGCGCCCCCCACAGCGGAGGUCACCGUCUACGUCGUCGCCGCUGCCAAGGCCGCCAAGAAGUCGUACAACUCGAGCAUGGCAAUCAUCCAUCGGCUUCUUGCGAACCCGGUUCUCCCUGACGGCGAGAAGGCGGCGUAUGAGCUCUGCAAGGAAAGGUACGAGACGGCCCUUGAGUACAUGAUCGGUGUCACAAACCAGAUGUCGCUGCGCGCGUUCGCCUACCCUAGGCAGGAGUACAUCGACGCCACCGUCGCCAUCACGGCAUGUGGGAACUCGUUGGCGGACUUCCAGUCCUCGCCGCUCUAUGCUGCCAACGCCGCCGACCUAAAUAAUACCUUCGUCGCGUACGAUCUUGGCGGCUUGAUCGUUGGCAAGUAGAGACCGAGCACACGCACGGAUACUAGGGCAUUCACGUUUUUGUAAUUCUUGCAAAAUCACUAUUCGUAUUAUUGUGGCGUUCACGUAUGCACGUAUGACAUAUCUAGUAGAAAUACUAAGGUGUAUCUGAGUUUGGAUAAAUAUAAAAAAUUGGGUCUUUC